GCUUGCUUCAACAGGCGGUAUAAGAAUCGGUCGAGGAAAGGACGCAUUUCCCUUUCUUCUCUUCUUUCUAAUUCUUUAACUCUCCCUCGCUUGCUCUUAACUCUCUAUUCUACUCAACUCAAGUAAACGCUAUGUCUCUCGCUGUCGACGGUUUCAAGUCCUCUGCUCUCCUCACCCAGAUCGAUGAGCAUCUCAAGGCUCUCUCUGAGGCUGAACGCCAGGAGCAGGUCAAGAAGGUCAAAGGUGUCUUUCAAUUCAACGUCAAGAACAAGGAGGGGAAAGUUGCUACCUGGACCUUUGACUUGAAGACGGGCAACGGUGCCAUGCACAAAGGAACUGUCAAUGGCCUCAAGCCCGACAUCACCAUCGACAUUGCUGAUGACGACUUUAUUGCUCUUGCCGAAGGCAAGGCCAACGGCCAGAAGCUGUUCAUGUCCGGCAAGAUCAAAGUCAAGGGCGCAAUCAUGAUGGCUACCAAGCUUGACUCUGUUCUCAACGCUGCUAAGGAGAAGUCUGGCUUUAAGGCCAAGCUUUAAGCGCCAAUAUGCUUUGGCGAAUGAAGGCCAGUAAAAGGGAGCAGAAUGGCGCAUAUCUGUGAAAAUAAAUAUUUGUACAUAUCAUCUUUUGUACCCCAU